CCCGUAGUUCCCGGGCUGUGUUUUUAACUUCGCCGUGGUUUUGGUCAUCCGGAAAGGCUGGCCUCGCCCAGAAAUCUUGCUUUAACUUUAGUCUCCUCCUUUGGCCCGGUUUUUCAACCUCCGCUUCGCGAUCAAUCCGAACCCAAGUCUCAGGAACCGAAAUUCCUAUUCCGGAGGGAUUCCGACUCGGCAAGCGGAAGUGAGCCGCAGCUCGUCUCCGUCUUUUCCGGUGUGGCUUAGCGCGGCCCGUUCUCUUUUCUCCCCGGUGGUGGGCUGGCUAGACGGGCUCUGAAGGAAAAAGAUUUCCGCCGUUGGAGCCCGGCUUGGCGCCCCAUCGCCCCACGGACCUGGCCAUCUUGGCACUUACUGGUGAGCAGUGGGUGGAAUUUGAUGGACAGGAAAAAUCUCUGGAUUAAAGAGAAAUGAAUGUCAUCAUUUUCCACUUUGAUACUUGAGUUUCCCUGGCGUGUCCUUGGAGUCACAGAAGAGUUUGAUUACACAUUUUACCAUUAGACUCAGAGGAUGGACAUUACCAGUUUGUCCUGUGGAAGUCUUCUUUCUGGGGACCAAGUCUGCAGUCAAGGAGAAGAAACAGAGGGAGAAAGCACACUGGUUGAUGACCUGAAAAACUGUAAUAAGGGUGAGGCUGUGGAGCGGACUACAAAUCAUCCAACUCAGAAGAGCAUACCUAGUGAUGUGACCGUGGAGGACUGUACAAAGCUGGCCUCUGUAGAAUUGGAAAAACAUCUACAAACCAAAGAUUUAACACUGGAACAAGGUUUUUUGACAAGACAUACCUUCAUGGAGGCACAGCAGGUGGAUGCAGUGACCUUUGAAGAUGUGACUGUGGACUUUACCCAGGAAGAGUGGACUUCACUGGAUCCAAUUCAGAGAAGCCUCUACAGAGACGUGAUGCUGGAGAACUACCAGAACCUGGCCACAGUAGGAGGUCAGUUGUUCAAACCCAGCCUGAUUUCUUGGUUGGAGCAGAAAGUAGAGUUGACAAUAAUGGAACAAGGAAUUCUCCAAGAAUGGGAAAUGCACCUUAAGACAAAAGGGACAGCACUUGAGGAUAUAUUUUGGUCAGAUAUGUCAAAUGGAAAGCAACUGGGAAGAAAGCACAAUGCAGGGGUGCUUGGCAGCUCUAUGCAAGUUGGAAGAGUUUUCAGUGAAAAUUCAUGCCCUCAGACUCACGUUAGUAGGCUAAAUACAGAGAAGACUUCAGAGAGUAAUUUGUGUGGAAAAGACUUGCUGCCACCACUUAAAGAAACUUCUACUGAAAAGAACAUUUUUCAGUUGGACCAGUGUGUAAAAUCUUUCACUUUGACUCCAGAUGUUUCCCAGAAAAUGUGCAGUCUGGGAAAAUCCACUGAAUGCAGUGACUGUGGGAAAACUUUGAUCAGUCACUUAGACCUCGAGGCGCAUAGUUCUUCCCCUAGUGGACAAGCUUCUACUCAUCCUGUAAGUCAUAAUGAGCGUGUUAUAAUUCCCACUGAAAAAAAAUACUAUGAAUGUAAGAAAUGUGAAAAAAUCUUCACACAUCCUAUCUACCUUAAUAUCCAUAUGCAAAGCCACACUGUGGAGAAACCCUAUGACUGUAAGGAAUGUGGGAAAGCCUUCACUGAGCGCUCAAGUUUAAUUGUACAUCUACGACAGCACACUCGGGAGAAGUCUUACGAGUGUAAGGAAUGUGGGAAGACCUUCAUUCAACCCUCACGCCUUACAGAACAUAUGAGAAGUCACACAGGAGAGAAACCGUAUCAGUGUGACCAGUGUGGGAAUGCCUUUGCAUCAUCUUCUUACCUUACUACGCAUUUGAGAACUCAUACUGGAGAGAAGCCCUUUGAGUGUAACAUAUGUGGGAAGGCAUUCACACGUUCCUCUUACCUGCUGGGUCACAUACGAACUCAUACCGGAGAAAAGCCCUAUGAGUGUAAAGUGUGUGGGAAAGCCUUCAGUGGUCGCUCUUGGCUUACGAUACACUUACGAAAGCACACUGGAGAGAGGCCCUAUCCGUGCACAGAAUGUGAGAAAGCCUUCACCAGCUUUGCUCAGCUAACUGAACAUAUAAAAACUCACACUGGUGAAAAACCCUUUCGUUGUAAGGUAUGUGCAAGGACCUUUAGAAAUUCCUCAUGCCUUAAGACCCACUUCCGAAUUCACACUGGAAUAAAACCAUACAAAUGUAAUUACUGUGGGAAAGACUUCACUGCACGUUCAGGCCUUACUAAGCAUGUACUAAUUCACAAUGGUGAGAAGCCCUAUGAGUGUAAAGAAUGUGGGAAAGCCUUCAGUACAUCCUCUGGCCUUGUUGAACAUAUAAGAAUUCAUACAGGAGAGAAGCCCUUUGAAUGCUAUCAGUGUGGGAAAGCUUUGGCUCAUUCCUCAUCUCUUGUUGGACAUUUAAGAACUCACACUGGAGAGAAACCCUUUGAGUGUAAUCAGUGUGACAAAACAUUUACACGGUCUUCUUAUCUUCGUAUUCAUAUGAGAACUCACACUGGAGAGAAACCAUAUGAAUGUAAGGAGUGUGGGAAAACCUUCCCUGAGCGCUCAUGCCUUACUAAACACAUAAGAACACAUACUGGUGAAAGGCCCUAUGAGUGUAAGGAAUGUGGAAAAGGCUUUAUUAGUUUUGCUCAACUUACUGUACACAUAAAAACUCACAGUUCUGAGAGACCUUUUCAGUGUAAGGUGUGCACAAAAUCCUUUAGAAACUCCUCCUCCCUUGAGACCCACUUUCGGAUUCACACUGGAGUAAAACCCUAUAAAUGCACUUACUGUGGGAAAGACUUCACUGCUCGUUCAGGCCUUACUAUACACUUAAGAAAUCACACUGGGGAGAAGUCCUAUGCAUGCCAAGAAUGUGGAAAAGCCUUUAGCACUUCCUCAGGCCUUAUUGCACAUAUAAGAAGUCACAAAGGAGAGAAACCCUUUGAAUGUGACCACUGUGGGAAAGCCUUUGCUUCUUCCUCUUAUCUUAAUGUGCAUUUGAAAAUUCACACUGGAGAAAAGCCCUUUCAGUGUACAGUGUGUGGGAAAACAUUUACAUGUUCUUCCUACCUUCCUGUUCACAUGCGAACUCACACUGGAGAGAAGCCUUUUCAGUGUAUAAUAUGUGGAAAGUCAUUUUUAUGGUCUUCGUACCUUCGAGUUCACAUGCGAAUUCACACUGGAGAGAAACCCUAUGUAUGUCAGUACUGUGGAAAAGCCUUUACAGAGCACUCAGGCCUUAAUAAGCAUUUACGGAAACACACAGGAGAGAAACCGUAUGAAUAUAAGGAAUGCAGGGAAUCCUUCACUGCUUCUGCUGAUGCUAAUGAGCAUGAAAAUCCCCAUUGGGGGGAAAGCCUUUGAAUGUAAGGUAUUCAGAACAUUGUUCUGGAAGCCCUUGAUCCAUCCUUUGCAAUCAGAAUUCAGUCUAUAAAAGUCUUAUAAUAAUCAAUGUAUGAAAGCAUUCAGUUGUCACUAUUUGCUGUAAGAGCAACUCAAUCUGAGGAAGCUCUGAGUUUAAGGAUAUGGGAGAGAUCAAAAUCUCAAGAUCGGUGAACUCUGUCAAGGUUUGUAGUAUAGGAAAUGGAAACCUUUAGUGUUUCUAUGUGUGUUGAUGCAAGACAUGUAGAAAUAUCAUUGUUUGCUUAGUUCACUUGUAAUCUCACAGUUGAGAAAAAUCUUACUGAAAUUUGGGAAAUAACUUUACCUUUGACUUAUGUGGUGGUUACAGACUGAACACAAACCACGUAUGUAUAAUAGGGGAUUUACUUCAAUGCCUUGAAGAUUUAGAUGGCAACACAUGGAUUUCCUGGGUGCUUCUAGAUGAACUUUGAAUAUUUCUAUAUUUGUGUAUUUUUAUGACUUCAAUUAUAAAUUUCUAAAUUCCAUAAUAGGUUUUCCUUUUUAAAAUAUUUCUGUUUGAUGUGAUUGAAAACUAUUGUUUAUACCUAGUGUCUAGUAUAUGUCCCAUGCUGGCAUUAUGAACCAAUGAACACAUUCACUACUUUGUUUGUUGUCA